AUGGCGACGGAUCAGAAUGGCCCGCCUCCGGUGGCCGACUCGACCCUGCAACUCGACGUAGCCAAGCUUCAUGCUCUCCCCUCGGAACAACAGGACCUAUACCUCUUGACCUUCACCUCUGACCUCUCUCGCUAUGUAAUCUCUCUGGACGAAGAUGGAGCUUCGGCCCAACAAGUCUGGGUCAAGAAGGAGCUCCUUCAAAUCGUCAACCUUCCAUCACCCGCUCCCACACGUGUCAUUCGCAACAACCUGGCUUCGUCCUUCGCAUACCUCUUCACAAAAGGCAAUCGCAAGCUGCUAUACGAGUCUAUCAAUGAUCUUGUCGCCGUAUUGAAUGCUGGGAAAGAGAAGCCUCUUAAGGCUAAGCAUGCCGCUGUACACUGCUUGGGUGCCAUUUUCGAGGCCGCUGGUGACAGUGCUAUUAGUCUCUCCAGCUUGGCUUGUACUUCGGUACUGCGCACACUCAAAUCCGCUUCCACUCAUGCAGGCUUGCGGAGUGCCGUAUACAGAGCUUUGGGAAAUGUCGCUAGGGGCAUCGGCAGCUCCAUCGACGAGAGCGUCGCAAAGGAAACUUGGAAGUCGGCACGUAACGCUGCCUCGAAUGACAAGGCUCUGCUGGUUCAGAUGCAUGCUUGUUGGUGUCUUGAGCAAUUGGCCACUUGCACAUCUUAUUACGACAACUCCAAUGAUUUCGAGAAGCUGCAGACUGCUUUGUGGAAAGUAAUGGACAGCCCUUCUGUUUCUGUACGACAUGCUGCAUCGACUUGUAUGGCCGCCGCUCUAGUCAAGAGCUUCUCUGAAGCCCCUGUGCGAGAUGUUCUUCCUCCGAAGAAAUCGAAGAAGUCAAAGAAACAAGGAGCCGCUGACGAAGGUGAAGAGGACACUGAGCGCCCAGCCACACCCGUCUCUUCUAAGCCCAUCACUUCUCUGGCGUUCAGCCUGCUGGAUAUUAUGCGUCAGCUGUCUACUCAUUACUGUAAACCAGUGGCCUCCAAUCGUUCUCGUGCUGCAAUCGCUAUAUGCUACAAGCAAAUCUUUACCGCUUUAGGUGAGAGCGUUGUGGAGAGGCAGUACGGUGUGAUAGCCAAACACCUCUUCACCGAGCUACUAAGCCAUCCGAGUCUUACAUAUCACCGCUACCGCGCUCUCAUGACCAGGAAGUUUGUUCGCAUCAUUCUUCAGGAUGUUGUGGGAGGCAUGCUUGGCGAAACAUCACAGUUGAAUGCUGCUCGAUUCCUAAUGAACGACAUCAUCAAGGACUACCCCCAGGUCAUCAAAGAACGGCUUGAACCUGGAAAACAAACGCUCACCGCUGCCUUGAGCGCGCUGGCAUCACUUAUGGACAGACUAGACGCUGCUGUGAGCAUCAUCGCGGAGAACUGCCGCGAAUCUCUCCUGCAAGUUCUGCAACACCCAAGUUAUACUGUCCAAGUUCACGCUUCGAGGUGUAUGAGAUCCUUUGUGUUGGCUUGUCCACAACAGCUGCUUCCCACGGUAACGAUAUGUAUGAACAGUGUCAAUCGUGAAAUCGGUCUACUUACUGGUCCUCGACAAAGCCCAAGAAGAUGUGCUGGAUACGCAAAUGGUCUUGCUGCAGUCUUGAGUGCCUCAAACAAGCACCCUCUGUAUGGCUCUGUUGAUGUCUACGCUCGAGUACUUACUCAAGCUACUGGCCUGCUCAAAUCUAGCAGUAAUUCUGACUUGCGAGUCUCCAGCACUCAAGUGCAGGUCGCUUGGAUCAUGAUUGGUGGACUCAUGUCAUUGGGACCUAAUUUUGUCAAGAUACAUCUUUCACAACUGUUACUAAUGUGGAAGAAUGCUCUUGCUCCUCCGAACAAGGAGAAUAUGGCACGUCAGAGUCAACUUGAGUUGAGUUUCCUCGCUCAUGUUCGUGAGUGUGCACUGGGAUCUGUCAAGGCUUUCUUACAUUACAACAUCAAGCUUCUGACCUCUGAUGUAUCGAGACGUCUUGCGAGCAUGUUGCAAAGCACGGGCGCGUUCCUAGCUAUAUUGCCUGAGAAGAAGACGUCUGAGGACAGUUCGCAACGUUUAUCGCCUGCUCUACAGCUAGCAGACUUCGACUUGAUGGUCAGACGCAGAGUCUUCCAGUGUUAUACCGCGCUUGUGACCGCAAGUCCAGCUGCAGCUUCUGAGAUUGCGACGCAAUCAAACGUCUUGCCACUAGCUGUAUCAUCGUUCGCGGAUCCGGACCGUCUGGGCCCUUCGUCGCUGAGUGUAGCAAUCGCCAGUUCUUCUGGCGCACUUGACAAUAUCUGGGGUGUCGGUGACAAUAGUGGGUUCGGUGUCAAUGGUUUGAUCAACGGGUUGGACUACACCCCUCUCCCGUUUGAAAGACAAGGUGACUCUGAAGACCACUGGACCACACGGCAUAAUUAUGAGGCUAUGAUAGAUCGAACGCUUCUCUCACCAAUUGGUGGAGCAUGGGAGCAUGAUUCAACGACAUCUUAUGUUACACAUGAAACACCUCAAUCACACGAACAGCCACAACCGCCUGCUACGGAGGUGGUCAAUAGCGCGAUAGGCAUCUUCGCUUUGGCAUUUCCCCUUCAAUCGCCAAGGAUACAAGACAGUAUCUUAGAACAAGUGAAUUCAUUCUUGACGUCGCCUUCCGUACAGAAGAGCAUCGUACAGAGAGCAGCACUCAGUGCGAACGUUGCAUUGGCUCUCCUGAUAACGUCCAAAGUCCUGACUGGUCAAGUCAGGGGACUGGAAGGCAAGCUUCAGAGUGCUAACGCUGAAAAGAAUAUGCAAAAUCUCCUUCACAGUUUCAUCGCAGAUCCUGACGAAAGUGUUCGCCAUAUUGCUGCACAAGCUCUAGGACGCCUUUGUGAAGUUGGUGGUAACGACUUCACUUCACGCGAGAUCAAUUACUUGAUUGAAACAAUCGUAUCGAACACCGAACCAUAUGUGCGCUCUGGCUGCGCCCUGGCUUUGGCUUGUAUUCAUAACUCGCUUGGCGGUAUGGCAGCCAGUUUCCAUCUGAAGAAUAUCCUUGGUAUAUUCAUGUCUCUUUGCGCCGAUCCUCAUCCUUUGGUCCACUUCUGGGCUCUUGAGAGUCUAAAGAGGAUUGUUGACUCUGCUGGUUUGACAUUCUCGGGCUAUGUCUCGAGUACGAUUGGCCUGCUUGGCCAGCUGUAUAUGCUAGACACGCACAAUGCCGAGACUGGACCAUUGGCUUCUUCCAACCUGGAAGUUGAUCUGGAGACUACUGCUGCCAAUGUCUGCUGCGUUGACGCCAUUAUCAAUGUGAUGGGUCCAGAUCUUUCCGAGAUGGCCAAACCUCGUGGCAUGGUACUGACUCUGAUCCGCCAAUUCCAGACAGAAAGCGAUGUUCUGGUCUUAGUCGAAAGCACCAGGUGUCUAGGCAAUCUCUCCAUGUAUGCGCCAGGUCACAUGGAGUUUGAACAAUACGUGAAGCGCUUGCAGGCUGAUCUUGACUCUUCAUCGCCCGAGAUUCGUGACAUGGCUAUCAGUGGCCUGGCCAACCUCAUGCGAAGGGACGCUGAGGACAUUGUGCGCGUCGCGAGUCCGGGGCUCGAAGAAAAGCUCUGGGAUGUACUCGAUCAGAAUCCAGCUCAAGAGACGAUCAAGGAAAUCUUUGUCAACUGGUUGUCACAGACUGGGCUAGCAGAUACUGCAGGCUGGAUUCAGAGGUGCAACUCAGUCCUCACGAAGGCCAAGGCUCGCGUUGACACUGCAUCUCAAGCUGAGGCAGCAGCUAAGAAGGCAGCAACUACUGAUCUGCAAGAUGAAGAAGUCGCAGGUUUUGCUGCCGGAGCAGGCACGAAGGAUGAAGACGCCUCCGCACCCACGUCAAGCCAAGAGCUCAUGAGAUGGCAAGUACGACUAUUUGGCAUGAAUCUUCUCAACAGUCUGCUGGAUACUAUUGUCAAGGAGUCGGCCAUCAACGAAGACAUUCCUGCUCUGGCUUCGCUACAACAAAGGAUAGCAGAUGUCGUACGCGUCGCCUUCUCUGCAUCCACCGCUAACGUCGUUGGCCUUCGUAUCUUGGGUCUGCACAUCAUUGAUCAAGUGCUCAGGCUGUUCGGUGGUGUACCUGACCCCGACUUUACUGAGGCCAUGCUCCUUGAGCAAUACCAAGCGCAGAUCAGCUCUGCUCUGACACCUGCAUUCGCCGUUGACUCGUCUCCCGAAUUGGCUGCAGAAGCGAUCAACGUCUGCGCCACUUUCGUGUCGACGGGCAUCGUAACAGACAUCGAUAGGAUGGGCCGCAUCCUAAAGAUUCUGGUGGCUGCCCUCGAAACUUUUGCGAGCUCUACCGAGACCUCUUCUAUAGGAGAGCUCAAAGGUCUGAGCCCCAAUGCUCAAGUCAUGGUGCGCAUGUCGGUGUUUUCCGCUUGGGCUGGCCUGCAGAUUGCCACUGCGGAUCAGAAAUACUUGGUCGACGUGGUCAAGCCGCAUGUUGCAAAGCUGACUCCGCUAUGGCUUUCAUCCCUUCGAGAGUACUCUCGGCUGCGCUUUGAGCCGGAUAUCUCAAAUAAUACCAGCUCAAGCUCAUUAUCAGACGACCUGGAAACAGUCUACGCAGCAUUGAAUCGCGAGACUUUGCUCAAAUUUUACCAAGACUCAUGGCUGAGCCUCGUAGACGCCAUUGCCAGUCUGAUCGAUGAAGACAGUGAGUUUGUGUUCGACGCACUCGACGGCAAGACAGAAGCCGAUGCGAAUGGUACCUCCACUGUGUCACGCGGUACCGACAUCAACUAUCGUGAAGAACCUGUUGCAUUCUUCUUCGUCCUCUUCGGUCUUGCAUUCGAAGCUCUCGCUAGUAAGCCUGGCGCGGACUCGGCAACGGCAAGAGCACAAAAGCUGGAGAUUCUGCAGGCCCUCAAGAGAAUUCUUCGCCCUUCGAUCUCCGGUAAUGCCAUCUACCAGGAAGUCAUCUUCAAUGAGACGAUGGAUCUAUUCGAUCGAAUGAUCCUCACCGAGCCGUCGAACGUACAGACUGUCAUUGUCGAGAUUGCGAGAAACCUUUGUGUAGGUCAUCCUUCUUCAAGACAAGGCAUGAGUGCAGACGAUCAUCUAUCUGAUGACAUCGACCAACUUUUCGAACUGACUCGAAUCAUUGUACUUGUGCUGGCAAGCAUUGUGCCCGGUCUGGCAGAAAGUCCCCGCCCCGUACGUGCCGAUAUCUCAGACGAAGCAGUCACACUAGCACGCCUCUCAUUGGAUGCACUGGUCGAUGCUUCCGAAGUCUUCCCCUCCAUCAUCAGGGCAGAUCUUCAUGCAUGUAUCUUCCAGAUCUUUGUCACCAUCAUGAGCACCGGUGCCUGCCAGGCGACCUUGAUACCACAAGCAUUGCCCAUAUUCCGCCGCUUCAUCAGUGGAGUUGGCUCUGAGCCUAGCGAUGAUACUAAGAAGCAAAUCCGCAGCACAUUGUCACGCUUCCUGGUGAUUCUCAAGAAUGCCCAAAAGCGUGAAUUUGAAGCUUCUCUGCCAUGUGAGAAGAACACGAUAUUGGCAGGCACAAUGCUCAUCACUUCUGCAAAUGCUGCCUUUGAGGCCAAUGACCCUGUCUUACUUCGCUUUGUCACAGAGUUGACAGAGUGUCUGGACAAUCCAAUGACUACAAAGAUGGCUGCUGGUUGCGUCAGAACAUUGCUCGUCGUACCCAUCCGAGGUGCUGCACAAUCGGCCAUCUUAUCACGUCUACUGCCUCGCCUAGUUACUUUCCUCACCACACCUUCUGACCUCGAAGGCAUUGAGCAAAGUCGUGCUAUCGUCGCACAAAGCCUCACCACUUCUCUCUCCUCUCUCCCUGCCGAGAAGAAACUCGCAGGCUUUGCACUCCUCAUCCCUACCUUGCUUGCUCGUGCUCAAAAAGAGCCAGGCGACAGUGUACAGAAAGACACCGCGGCAAGAUUACUAGAGUUGGCGAGUAAUGAUGCCAACGCAUUUAGAGGUGUUGUGAGUAGAUUAAAUGCAGAGCAAAAGGCGCUGAUGGAAAGAGUCAUCAAGGGACCUCAGGGACCUAAGCAAGAAAUCAGGGAAGAGGUUGAGGAGAAGGAACCGACGAUUGCAUUGAAGAUGAACUUUUGA